CCCCCUUGUCUUCUGUCUUGCCGCGACGCGGUCCGUGGUUCACGCGGCAGCAGGUCGCCUCGCCACGCCAUGGCCGGCGGCGGCGGCGGUGGCCGGGAUCGCGGGGCCGCCGCGGAGAGGGUGGCGGCGGCCGUGGAGGCGGCGGCGUCGGGCGGCUGGGAGUUCCGGAACGCGUACCGGCGCCAGCUGCUGGCGCUGUCGCGCCGGAUUCGGCUCCUCGGGCCCUUCGCCGAGGAGCUCCGGGAGGCGCGCGGGGGAGCCGCGGAGGGGGAGCAGGAGCGGGCGCUGGCGCCGCUGGCCGACGCGCUGGGGACGGCGCUCGACCUGCUCCGGCUCGGCCGCGACGGGAGCAGGAUCUUCCUGGUCCUUGAGAGGGACAAUAUAAUGAAGAAGUUUCAAGGAGUAAUUGCUCAGUUGGAGCAAGCUUUGUGCGAUUUUCCAUACAGUAAAUUGGAUAUAUCAGAUGAAGUUAGAGAGCAGGUUGAGUUAGUGCAUGCACAGCUCAGAAGAGCAAAAGAGCGCGCAGAUAUGCCCGAUGAUGAGUUCUACAAUGACGUGCUGUCUCUGUAUAACAAGAGCUAUGACCCAAGUGCUGAACUGGACAUCCUUAAAAGAUUGUCAGAAAAGUUACACCUGAUGACCAUCACUGAUCUCACACAAGAAUCACUUGCUUUGCAUGAGAUGGUGGCAUCUGGUGGUGGUCAGGAUCCAGGAGAACACAUUGAGAAAAUGUCCAUGCUAUUGAAGAAAAUCAAGGACUUUGUGCAAAUUCAGAACCCUGAGAUGGGGCCGCCAAUAGGUACCAAGCUAAUGGAUUCAAACGGGGAGCCAAGACCUGCAAACAUUCCUGAUGAGUUCCGCUGUCCAAUUUCUCUUGAGUUGAUGAAAGAUCCUGUUAUUGUUUCUACUGGCCAGACAUAUGAGCGGGUGUGCAUUGAGAAGUGGCUAGCUUCUGGGCACCAUACUUGUCCAAAUACUCAGCAGAGGAUGGCAAACACGACACUGACACCAAACUACGUUCUUAGAAGUCUUAUUGCCCAGUGGUGCGAGGCCAACGGGAUUGAGCCACCCAAGCGUUCAUCGCAGCCUAACAAGCCUACAUCAGCAUGCUCAUCGAGCGAACGUGCUAACAUCGAUGCUCUUCUGUCCCAGUUAUGCUCUCAUGAUCCUGAGGAGCAGAUGUCAGCUGCUGCAGAGCUACGCCUCCUAGCAAAGCGGAAUGCAAACAACCGAAUUUGCAUUGCUGAGGCUGGUGCCAUUCCAUUACUACUGAGUCUCUUGUCUUCAUCUGACCUGCGGACUCAAGAACAUGCUGUUACUGCACUUCUAAACCUCUCCAUACACGAGGAUAAUAAGGCAAGCAUCAUAUCCUCUGGUGCUGUACCGAGCAUAGUUCAUGUUCUGAAGAAUGGCAGCAUGGGGGCACGGGAGAAUGCUGCAGCUACGCUUUUCAGCCUCUCAGUGAUCGAUGAAUACAAAGUAACAAUUGGGGGAACAGGGGCUAUCCCUGCCCUUGUAGUUCUAUUAAGUGAGGGCAGCCAGCGGGGAAAGAAAGAUGCAGCAGCAGCUCUAUUCAACCUGUGCAUUUAUCAAGGGAACAAGGGUCGUGCAAUACGAGCUGGCCUUGUGCCGCUCAUCAUGGGGCUGGUGACCAACCCCACGGGAGCUCUUAUGGAUGAGGCAAUGGCAAUACUCUCAAUACUGUCCAGCCACCCUGAGGGGAAGGCGGCUAUUGGGGCAGCAGAGCCUGUUCCUGUGCUUGUGGAGAUGAUCGGGAGCGGGUCACCGAGGAAUAGAGAGAAUGCUGCAGCUGUGAUGUUGCAUCUUUGUAGUGGUGAGCAGCAACUUGUGCAUCUGGCCCGUGCACAAGAGUGCGGCAUCAUGGUCCCACUGCGGGAGCUGGCCUUGAACGGCACGGAGAGGGGGAAGAGAAAGGCAGUGCAUCUGCUCGAGCGAAUGAGCAGAUUCCUGGUUCAGCAGCAAGAGGAAAAGGAAGCCCAGCUGCUGGCAUCGACACAGGCCAUUCCUCAGAUCCCUGAACAGGUCCAAGAGAUCGACAUCCCUGAACAAUUGGACAGUCCUUCAUCUCAAUAUCCCACGGUCGCAUGAUGACAUGAAUAUCUUCACGACUAUACUACCAAAAGGUUGAGCAAGUAGUGUCUGAGUCACUUGGCUUCCAGAUCCAUGGUUCAGCAUGCUGAACAAGAGUUCUUUACGCUGUCGGAUUCGCUUUUCAAAUCGGUGAUGAUCUUUCUCUUCCCAUGCUCGUGUCGUGUGCUGAAGAUCCCAUUGCGCCACCUGUUUCUGGGUAUGUAAAUUACCAGAAUGUUGAGAUGUGUACAGUCUAGUAAAGAUGCAGCUCCAAAUGUCAUGUAGCUAUGAUACUACUAGUAUAUGUACAUUUUCACUAUGAUACUAUAUAAAAGAGAAGUUCUAGCGACGGACUUAAUCAGUAAACCUUUUGCCUGCUA